GUGGUCCUGCGGUUCGCUGCCCGGUAUGUUUCACGAGCUGGAUUCUGGUGGGAUGACUACACUAUUGUCAUAUCUUUGUUCCUAAACUGGAUUAUGGAUGCUCUGAGAUGGGCCCAGGUCCUCCAUUUCGGACUGGGAAAACACAACUAUAUGAUAACAAAUCAGACAUUCCAAAGCUUUGGAAAGACUUUCAUCGGUACCCAAGUCAUUUAUUUCACAACGGCCGUUUUUACAAAGCUUUCUCUCCUCCUCCUUUAUUAUCGAAUCUUCGGCGUCGUUCGCGGCUUUCGCUGGGCUCUAUACGCCUCUUUCUUCCUCGUGAUCGCCUAUUUUAUAUCAUGCACGAUCGUAUCGAUCGUAUCGUGUGCCCCAGUCUCCAAAUUUUGGGACCCCAGUCUCCCUGGAUACUGCAUCGACGAGGUCGCCUUCUUUCGUUGGAACGGUUUUGCGAAUUUGGCUCUAGACAUUCUUGUCCUUUGUCUCCCAUACCCCAUGGCUUGGCGAUUGCAGACAUCUGUACGACAAAAGCUCAUUCUGACCGGAAUAUUCCUUCUCGGAAGCUUUGUCUGCAUUGCCUCUGUUCUCCGUAUCGUUAGCUUCGACUUCUUGAGCCUUGAGGAUGUGACCUAUGUUAGUGCCAACCCGUCGACUUUCUCUUCUAUUGAGCAAUCGGUUGGUAUCAUUUGUGCAUGCCUUCCAACCCUUCGCCCGCUUGUUCGUUGGCUAUAUGGGGGCUCGAAAAAUACAUCGGAGGAAAGAGAGAUUUCUACCGGCGUGUCAUCGAACAGAUCCUCCUUUCCUCUCCGCGAUUCAUCGCGGGAUGAGGAGAACAAUGCGGGAAUUUCAGGGCCAUCUUGUGUACAACAAGCACUCGAGCACGAAUCGCUGUCUCCAGAAUCUGCGCCAUAUAGUCCCGAAGGCCGGGAGUCUUGGAUGCAGGGAGAAAACCAAGAUGGUGAGGUCGGGACAAAUGUUCCACGUCCUAUAUCAUUUGCUUGA